CCUAGCUCCUCGGGCCAUGGAGAGCGCAGCGACCCGUGAGGCCCGGGGUGCCGAGGCCCCGCACCCGCCGGCGUCCCCACCCUCGCCCUCCGAGCCCCCUGCGGCGCCCCGCGCCCGCCCGCGUCUUGUCUUCCGCACGCAGCUGGCGCACGGCAGCCCCACCGGCAAGAUCGAGGGUUUCACCAACGUCCGCGAGCUCUACGCCAAGAUCGCCGAGGCUUUCGGGAUCGCGCCCACAGAGAUCUUAUUCUGCACCCUAAACAGCCAUAAAGUGGACAUGCAGAAACUCCUGGGCGGUCAGAUAGGGUUGGAGGACUUUAUCUUUGCACAUGUGCGCGGCGAGACCAAGGAGGUGGAGGUCACUAAGACGGAGGAUGCCCUGGGGCUGACGAUCACAGACAACGGGGCCGGAUACGCCUUCAUCAAGAGGAUCAAGGAGGGCAGCAUCAUCAACAGGAUCGAAGCUGUGUGUGUGGGCGAUAGCAUCGAAGCCAUCAACGAUCACUCUAUCGUUGGCUGCCGUCACUAUGAAGUGGCCAAGAUGCUCCGUGAGCUGCCCAAGGCCCAGCCCUUCACCCUGCGCCUGGUACAGCCCAAGAGAGCCUUCGAUAUGAUCAGCCAGAGGAGCCGGAGCAGCAAAUGCCCCAUGGAAGCUAAAGUGACCAGUGGGCGGGAGACACUGCGGCUUCGUUCUGGGGGGGCUGCCACAGUAGAGGAAGUGCCCAGUGAAUUUGAGGAGGAAGCGUCUCGGAGGGUGGAUGACCUGCUGGAGAGUUACAUGGGCAUUCGGGACCCAGAGCUGGCGUCCACCAUGGUGGAGACAUCCAAGAAGACAGUGAGCGUUCAGGAGUUUGCACGCCGUUUAGACUCCGUCUUGGGCGAGUUCGCCUUCCCGGACGAGUUUGUGGUGGAGGUGUGGGCCGCCAUUGGCGAGGCCAGGGAGGCCUGUGGCUAGUCUGCUCUGGGGCUGAGCGCAGCCCUAGUCCGGAGCCCAGUCCCCUGCCCCAGCCCUGCAGGCCAGUUCCCGAGGCUCAGCCUUGCUCCAGAGCCCAGCUCAGAUCUGAGAUCCAAUCCACCUCGAGAGCCCAGGUCAUCUCUGAGACCAAGAUCACUUCUAGAACCCAUACCAGUUCCGAGACCAAGCCCUGCUCUAGACUCCAACCCAGCUCUGAGGCCAAGUUCAUCUCUAGAACUUCAUCUAGU